CGCCUUCACCUUCUGUCACAUCCAUCAGCUGACACCGUGUGCGCUUCACGUUCAGAUCACCCGCGACGCAAAUAACCGGUGACGUUAACGGAGAGUUGUCCACGUUAUUGCAGUUAGCUUAGCUGAGGUUAGCUCAAGUGUGACGCGCCGUGUUCAACGUUUAAUCAAAGGUGACGUCGAGAGUAACCUCCAGUGCUCAGUCUGCACCGAGGGGGUAGUGUGGACAGCACCCCUGAGAUAACUUGUCUGACGUAUGAUUAACAUGGAUGAAAGAAUGAAUGGACCCUUCAGGAGCACAGUUUUCAGUAUGCUUACUCCAGCCCUUUUCGACUCUUUCACUGACCCCUGCAGCCCCCCACUCACUGUCCCCUUGCACUCUCACCACUUGGAAUGUGGGUCCUUAACAGGGCCGGGGGUUAAUAUGGGGACACUUAUUAACAGUGAGAGGGAGGAGUUUAACGUGGUAUCUACCUUUGACUGCGAUGUUGACAACAUCUUGUGCCUCAAUCAGGUUGGUGUGGGGGGAUUUUCUGAAAAUGUAGAGAGCUGCAGGAGUAGUGACACAUUUCAGAAAAAGCACAUUUUAAGCUCCACGUGGACAAGUGAUGGAGGUUCUGUGGCACACCAUCAAGAGUUGGAAAGUGGAAAUGACCAAGUGGAGGAUGGACGAGAGGGGCUGAAGAAAGAACUGUAUCUGAAUGUAUCAGAUGAGGAGUAUGAUGAUGGUUAUCUCUCAAUGUUUCAUAAAAGAGCAAAAAACUCCCCUCAGUCAGGAUACAUUCAGCUACCUAGAGCUACCUCCAGCCCCCAGCAUUGGACAGAUGAGGUUAGAGAGCCCUGGGGUGCGUGCCAUCCUGAAAGUUCAUCUGAACAAGCUGAGAUAUCUAGACGGCACAAUUCCUUUACAGUCAGUGAUUUGUGUCCGACUGUUAGCGGGGCAACACUGGACUCUGCAAACUCCGAUUCGUUAGAAGGAGAUGUUGAAGAGGAGUGGACUAUUGGUCGCCCCAUAUUUGAAUCAUCGAUGUGCCACAGCGUCACACUGAAGUUGAUUGCUGGUAGUGAGCAGAGCAGACAGGUGACGGAGGACGUGCAGCAAGGUGUGACGAAGCCUAUCCGCGACUGUCAGGACACAGGUAGAAGAGACAAAGCCACUGCCCAGUCAACUGACACAAGUUAUGAAACUGGUUAUGAAACCACCUUAUCUCCACAAGUACAGGUGAAAUCAGUUGUGGUGGCUCCCAGGCAGAGCACAACCAGCAGCAGCUCCAGUAGCUCCAGCAGCUCCAGCAACAGGAGUAAAACAACAGCAUCUUCUGUGCCAGAGCUGGAAGACAGUAACAGAUGUGUCCAAAGUGGCAAAAGAAAAAGGCCAGAGGACAUGGACAUGGACUGGGAGAGUAGAAAGCAGAGCUAUGUGCACUCUGUCACCAAACACAUGCAAGAGCAUCCAGGAACAACUCAAGAUGUCAUGACUGAGCUCUUCAAUCUCAUCACCCAUGUGGCUAAAAAUACGCGUGGGGCUAAUGGCAGACAGUGGCAGCAUCCCUCCGACCUCACACACAGGAACUACCAGAGACACUUUGGAAAUAUGACGGCAAGAAUGUCUCUCAAUGAAUGGCAGGAAAAAAACUCAAAAACAUACAAGCGCUUUGCCAACGUCCCCAAAAUUUUUGAAAGGAACCCGUUUCCCUGAGAACUUGUGGGGAAGAUUGCACUUACCAAAAGGGCCUCACAUCAAUGUUUGCACUGUUUUUCUUUCGUAGUUUAAUAUGUGGCGUGUAGUUUUGAUUUGUCCGUUUUUUUACUUUAAACUUUGCAUGUUCUUUGUAUAUAAAAAUCUAUGCAUGUUUUAAGGGGUGUUUACAACUUGCACGGCAGAACAAGCACUUAGGCAUUUGAAGCAUCUUAAAAGUCUGCCUUUUUACUAGAUUUCUAGUAGCCUGUUUUAAAGUGUGUUUGGGUAUGUUCGUACUUUUGCCAUUUGCCAAUUUGCACAUUGGUUUUGUUGUCUCCUACAGAAGUAUUCACCGUAACGUCCAUUCAGGAUUCGAGUUAAAUGAGGAUGUGUAUGUUCUUGUUGAAUUCUUGUUCCAUGCAGCAUCUGAUUCUGU